AUGACCGUGAAACAAGAAUCACCAAAUUCAACUUUGAAUAUAUCUGAGUUCUCAUCUGAUGAAACCUUCAAAACAGCCAACCCUGUUCCCUCCAAGAAAGUAUCCAAGUCUUCUACUGGGAAAAGAAAAUACCACCAAAAAUCAAGAAACGGAUGCUCUACAUGUAAAAAGAGACGCGUCAAAUGUGAUGAACAGAGACCCGUAUGUGGCAACUGUACCAAAUUGAAGUUAGAUUGUGGGUAUCUUCAUGAGCCUUUAGAUAGUGUUGUGAAUAUGAAAAAAGAUAUUCAUAGUAAUGAACCUCCAUCCAAAAAGAGAAAAAGAAAGGUUUCCACUGCAACAGUUGCAACUGACACGGAAUCAACCACUCAACAAGCAACUCCAUCUUUAACUCCUAGUCCAGAUCAAUCACAGGACAACAAGACCCAACCGGUAUUCCCUUCGAGCAAUCCACUAAGUGCUUUGUCAUCGGGACUUUUGAAUGCAGGCAAUUUGAAUAACUUGAAUGUGGCCCAUUUGGUUAAUAACCUAUCUGGAUUGGGCGAUUUAUCUAAUUUAGCAAGUCUUGGAAACUUGGCCAGUCUAUCAAAUUUGGCUUCAUUAGCACAGUUGCCCAUCGACUUGAGUAAUUUGGGCUCACUUUUGGAUUCACCGGCAGCAAGUAAUAUAGCUGCUAGUUUUAUGGGCCAGCCUGUUGCUACCAGUGUUCCACCUGCAACAAAUUCCGAAUUUAAAGAACUGAACCAUAGAAAGUCGCUGACCCAGGCACACCCUCAACCAACAGCACCACUAACUUCCAUGGAAGAUACAACUACCAGUACUCAACAGCAAGCAAAUAUGUCAUCUAGGGGUAAAUCACAGGCGGAAACUCUUCAGUCUUCAAACCAUUCCACGACACUGGGUUCAUCGGGAAUGAGCUAUCCUAGCUGUUCAACCAACUCUGAACCAUUUGGUCGCGGUUCUGAUAAAUCUUUACCUAACAUAUCACCUAAUAUGUCCAUUCCUGCAAAUCCACUAAGCGACCCUUUAACCCAAGGCAUGCGAUCAAACCUCAAUAUGCUUGACUUAAAAUUAAUGUUUCAUUACACGUCUCUGGUGGCCAAUACCAUCACAGGAGCCGGUAUUUCUGAUACCAAUAUAUGGAACUAUGAUAUUCCCAUGUUGGCCUUUGAACAUCCAUUUUUGAUGCAUUCGAUACUUGCUUUUAGUGCCACGCACUUAUCAAGAACAGAGAAGGGUCUAGACCAGUGUGUUACAUGUCAUCGUGGGGAUGCUUUGAGAUUGCUACGAGAAGCUGUGUUAAAUAUAAAUGCCGAUAAUACUGACGCCUUAGUUGCAAGUGCCUUGAUUUUAAUUAUGGAUUCGUUAGCCAAUGCCUCAUUUCCCUCUUCAACUUCACCAAAGUCUUUACCAGCUUCAGCAUGGAUAUUUCACGUCAAGGGAGCAGCUACCAUAUUGACCGCAGUUUGGCCGUUAACAGAAGCAUCGAGAUUUUACAAGUUUAUAUCUGUGGACUUGGGUGAUUUAGGGGACAUUAUAAAUCAAGGUGUGAACAUGAAUAAGUCGAAAGGAAUUGACCGUGACAAUUCGGCUUAUUACACAGAUUUAGAAUGUCACGACGCAGACAUUGCAGAUUUGUUCCCUGUGCUUUUGGACUCUCCGUAUUUAAUAACUUUGGCUUAUUUGAAUAAAUUACACAAGGAAAGAUAUAAAUCUGAUUUUAUUUUACGUAUAUUUGCAUUUCCAGCACUUUUAGAUAAGCAAUUUAUGGGGUUAUUAAUGUCCGGAGAUGUCAAGGCUAUGCGAAUAAUGAGAAGCUAUUACAAGUUACUCCGCUCUUUUACUACCGAAAUGAAAGACAAAGUGUGGUUUUUGGAAGGUGUCUCGCAAGUCUUGCCUGUUAAUGUCGAAGAGUAUGCGGGUGGAGCCGGUGGUAUGCAUAUGAUGAUGGAUUUUCUUGGUGGGGGUCCAGCCAUUGUAGAUGAUCAUGAAAUUGAUGCUGAAAUCACGAAAUUCGACCCCAGUGGGACCUUGACCAAUAAAUUAAUAGACACUGAUAAUCUUCCAAGCGUUCUUACCAGUAAUUUAGAUUUAAUGCAAGGUGAUAAUGGGUUUAUGAAUAUAAAAUAG